GUGCAGGUGAGUCGCUGAUACGGCGCCAGCUUCAAAAUAAACGUGAAGUUAGGAGCUACAUCUGUGCAUGGAAAAAUCUAUCUUACAUUGCACUGAUCCAGCAGAGGGCGGCCCAGACAUGCUGACACUGAACAGUCUUGAUCCACUUUGCAGACAUUAAAGGUCCAGUGUGUCAGUGUGCACUCAUAAGAUCGGAUUUGAACAGGUGAUACUGUAGGUGACUUGAUUUUGUUCGGCUGAGGAUCAAACCAACAAACACCUGUAAACACAGCAGGGUGUGACUUCUGACGACAUGGCCUCUGGCUCCACCCAUGGGCGAAGAAUGCAGACAGUCCUCAUGAAUCACAGUGAUCUCCUGUCACAGGAGCUACAGUCCUGUUGCCAAGCUCAUCAUUGUAUCAUUAAAGAGUCAUCCGCAACACCAUCGACUGAAAAUGUUCAGCGGUGCAGCAAACCAGUCCGCCUCUGGCUACGACCUGGGUCCCCAGCCAGGGGCUCACGAUGGCCCUGGAGGAGGUCAUGGAAAAGAUAGUCGCUCUGGAGGAGACGAUCACCAUGGAGACCAUCGUGAUGAUCGUCACAGCGGAGACCGCGAUAGACGAGAUCAUCGUGAUGAUGAUCGUCACGGAGGAGACCACGAUAGACGAGAUCAUCAUGAUGAUGAUCGUCAUAGUGGAGACCACCAAAGACGAGAUCGCCACGAUGAUGAUCGCCACCGUGACGAUGAUCGCCAUGGAGGAGACCACUAUCGUGAUGAUGACCAUGACGACAGCCGCAGGAGACGCAGCCCUGACCGUGAUCAAGAUCGCCACGGUGACAGACACAGCCCCGAUCGCCAUGAAGACCGCGAUCAUGACCAUAGCCCUCAUCGACGUCGUGGUAGUGGUGGUGGAAGCCCUGGUCGUGGCGGCAGUGGCAGUGGGAGCAGUAGCAGCGAAGAUGACGGGCACGGCGGCCGUCGUAAAAAGCAUGGCCGCAAGCACGGGCAUGGACGUGGCCGUGGACGAGGACAUGGACGAGGACACUGGUGAAAAGAGAAACUCAGGCGCCGUACCUCCUGUGAAACUCUGCCCGCCGCUGUGCUCUUUGAAAGAAACAUUUAUAGACGUAGUAUUUGACAGCAUGUUUGCUUUGUACUCACACUGGACCCGUUGUUAGUAUGGCAUCUGUACUAUCUUUGUGAAGGAAACAUGCUCUGUAAUAGCAUGGGCGCAGCAGAAAAGUACAUGUGCAAUGAAAAUGAUCUAAAGCUGUAUUUCUACAUUUAUAUGCAAUAAAAUAUUCUGAAGACAUAAGC